AUGACGAUUGGCCGAGCAGGCAGUAUCUACCAGGAGGAAACAGAAUUCAACAAAGACUUGAAGAUUGAGAUCGACCCUCUGAAGACGAAGUUCAUCAGAGAGCUGAAUGCUUCAGAGACAUCAUCGAUAUUUCAUAUAAACUACAAUGGCAAGCCGCGUGUUCUGAAAGUCUUCCAUAACAAUGGCGAUCCCGGUUAUGCCGGUGAUGGUGUUCGUGAUUUGAAUCGCUCUCGCUGCGAAAUCAGGGCGUAUUGCAAUCUAGAGCGAUUUGGAAUAAGUGAUGGCGGCUACGUGCCAAAGUUUUACGGGUUUAUGCUUUCUCUAAACCCCACCAGCUUUGCACCCCACCUUGAUGCCUUUCAACGUGACGAUGGCCUUCCAAGUGCGAUUUUGAUUGAGUACUUACCAAGUCCCUUGAUGAUGAACUGUGUUACCUACAGCAAAGAGCGUAUGAACAAAGCCAUCAUCGGCAUCCAACAAAUUCAUUCAGCUUUAGUUGAACACAACGAUACUUACCCCAAGAACAUUCUCAUCAUUCCGGGCGACCCAGAAAGAGUUGUUUGGAUUGAUUUUGAUGUUGCCAUCACUUAUCCUAGCAAUACAUACAUUGGAGACAGGGAACGUGGCUGGAUUAAGGAGGAAACUGAGUGCGUCAAAGGCUUUGGAGUGAAGCUUGCCGAUGACCAAAAGAAGGGUCUCCGCCCAAAUACAAAGUACUACUAG